AGAAACUCGUCGCGCACUAAAAACCACCGCGCGUCUUCCAUAUGCGUUUCGCGCGAGACUCAUGCACACACAUAGAUCCCCCUCGCGGCGCGAGCGGAAGACGACAUGAGUGCGCAGAGAUUGUCAGGAAGGUGCUGCGUCGCACUUCUAUGUGCUAGCAUCCUGCACACUCCUCUACAAGUGAAGGGAGAGAGGGAAGAAGGGUGUGUUUUCGGACGGACGACAAAAUCCGGCACCCGAGCGCGUCAUGUUGAGCUAUGUCGCGCGCGGGAGCUCGGUGAUGGGAAGAAAGGUGGUGGUGGUUCGGGGACCGCUGGGAGCCAGGGUGUGAGGAACGAUGCAAACGAUGGUGAUGAGCAUUAGCGAAGCGCGGCGAUGACGGCUCAAGAGAAAAAAAAAAAAAAAGAGACACGAGAGGAACA